UAGUGUUUUGUUUUGGUGGUUUGAAAAUUAUAUUUAUAAAUGCUUAUAAAAAUAGCUAUGAAGUCAACAUAAAGUUUAUGCAUUAAUUUAAAGAACACAAAUGUGAGCUUAUAUUUAUUCAUGAUAAACUUGCAGGAUAUAGUUAAAGGGCGUGAUUCGAUAUUAAGAUGCGCGGUCAUUUACCUUAAAGGCUGUAAACAUUGAUCUGUUUAAACGCCUAUAAAUCUAUGAAAAUGAAAAAAUCUAGUGAUGAUUAAUUUAUUCCUUAUAUUAUAAGAGUUCGAAAAUAUCUAUAAAACAUCAAAGAUGCAGAAGAAGGAAGAGAGUUUUGAACAGAAAAAGUUAGAUCUGGAGGUAUGGCUACAAAGGAUGGAAUCAAGAAUUGCCAGUAUUGCUCCAGUGGGUCAUACAGCUGAUGUUUUAGAGUUACAGAUAAGGGAACAAAAAGGUUUACAUGCCGAAUUGCAUCAAUUUAAAGCACAAAUAGAGUCAUUUCAACAAAUUACUCAAAGACUGAUUACUGCACAUCAACAUGAAGAUAUAAGUCGCUACAAAAAGGCAGCUGAAUAUAUCAAUCAACAUUACUUACGCUUAGAUGCUUGUAUUGUUAAUCGCGGAAAACUAUUACAUUCAGCUUUAAGCUCGCUACAAAACUUUGAUAGAUCAUUAGAUAAAUUCUUAGCGUGGCUUAGUGAAGUUGAAUCUGUUGUGGAAACCUUGGAGGGGGAUACAGAAUCAAGAAGAGCAGCCCAUCAGCUUAAAGAAAUUCAAGCUGAUAUUGAACGACAAGCACCAACUCAUGCUGCUUUAAGAUCAUCGAAUUUAGCUCUUUUAGGUACUUUAUCUCCUGAAGAUGCUCUUAUGGUACAAUUGCGUGGAGAUGAGAUGGAGAGAAGAUGGCAGGCUCUGAAGACUCAUACAGCUGACCUAAGGAACCGUUUGGAGCACAAUGCUGAUUAUUGGAACACAGUAUUAUUAUCACUAAGAGAACUCACAGAAUGGGUUAUCAGAAAAGAUACUGAACUUGGUUUAGCUGCUAGACAAGAUGAUCACAGGGCUUUUAGACAACAACUUGAGGACAAGAGGCCUUUGGUUGAGGCCAGUUUAAGAAGUGCAAGACAGUUUGUUGCAGGUGAUCCAUCAGGAGAGUUAGCUAGAAACUUGAGGAGAGAACUUGUUAAGCUUUCCGAUAAAUGGAAUGCUCUCAUUGACAAAUCUGAUAAAUUAGCAGCUAAAUUUGAACAAAACUCUAUUAAACUCAAGCAGCUGACCCUCAAUCUGGAAGAAGCUUGUUCAGCAGUCUCACGUUUGGAAAGAGCUACAUUAACUUGGAGUGGUCCAAGAAGUGCAGCAGAGGCUAGAGAAUUACUGAGCAAUUUGAGAAUUUUGGAGCAACAGUUGCCCCCUCUUCAAAGGUCUUUGGAGGAGGCUAGAAUUCAGGCCACAAGUUUAAGUAAUGCUUUGCCCAAUAAUUUAGCUAGCCAAUUGGAGGACUGUGCUGCCAGGUGUAGAGCAUUACAAGCUGCAAUAAGGGAAAGGAGAGAAGUUUUAACUAGCAGUUCUCAAGGAGAAAUAUCACCUGGACCUUCCAGUGUCCAACCACCAUGGGAACGCGCUACAACACCCAACAAAGUACCAUACUACAUAAACCACAGCACUGAAACUACACACUGGGAUCAUCCGCAAAUGUUGGAGUUGGCGAUAUGUUUGUUACAAUUAAACGAAGUCAGAUAUUCUGCGUACAGGACAGCUUUAAAAUUACGGACAAUACAAAAGAAGCUGUGUCUGGACAUAGUCAAUAUUAGUACAGUGUCUGAAGCUUUUGAUUUGCAUGGAUUGAGGGCACAAAAUGACAAAAUUUUAGAUGUGGCAGAUAUGAUACUAGUUCUCAGAGCAAUUUAUGGAAAUAUUGCAUCACAAGAACAAGCUAUUAUAGAUGUUCCACUAUGUGUAGAUUUAGCUUUAAACUGGCUGCUAAAUGUUUAUGAUAGUCAGCGCACAGGGCAACUUAGAGUACUUAGUUUUAAGGUUGGGUUAACAUUGCUGUCAAGAGGUCACUUGGAAGACAAAUACAGAUAUUUAUUUAGGCUGAUUGCUGAUCCCCAGCAAAAAGCUGAUCAAAGGAAGCUGGGACUGCUUCUACAUGAUAUUUUGCAGGUACCCAGACAGCUUGGAGAGGUCGCUGCUUUUGGUGGGUCUAAUAUUGAACCCAGCGUCAGAAGUUGUUUAGGAGAGAGGGAAGACUUAGAAGCAGCACAUUUCUUAGCCUGGUUAAAACAAGAGCCACAAUCCUUGGUCUGGCUUCCGGUUCUACACCGAAUCGCAGCAGCGGAAAGUGCACGUCACCAAGCGAAAUGCAACUCCUGCAAGCAGUAUCCCAUCACCGGUCUGCGAUACCGCUGCUUGAAGUGCUUCAAUUUCGACAUGUGUCAGACCUGCUUCUUUUCCGGAAAGUUGACCAAGGGACACAAGUUGACCCAUCCGAUGCACGAGUAUUGCGCCGCAACGACUUCUAUAGAGGAUAUGAGAGAUUUUACGAAAGCUCUGAAGAACAAGUUUAAGAGUAAAAGGUACUUUAUGAAGCACCCUCGUAUGGGAUAUCUUCCUGUUAGGUCGGUAUUGGAAGGGGAUGAGUUGGAGAGUCCCGUGGCUUCACCUCAGCAUAAUGAUAUGCAUUCAAGGUUGGAAAUAUACGCUUCACGAUUGGCGGAAGUGGAACUGAGGGCCGCAUCUCCAGAUGACGAACACAGACUUAUUGCGGACUACUGUCACUCGCUAGAGGGCGCACCUGCUAGUCCUGGGCAAUUAAUGCUGGUCAUCGACGAAGAACAACGAGCUGAACUUCAGGAAAUGAUCAGAGAACUGGAGGUGGAGAAUCAGGCUCUGAGAUCAGAAUACGAACAACUUCAGAGAGGUGCCAAUCCUCAUCCUCCUCAACAGCCUCAUCACGAUGUUUUGGCUGAAGCCAGGCUUUUAAGACAACACAAAGGCCGUCUAGAAGCCCGUAUGCAAAUUCUAGAAGACCACAACAGACAGCUUGAGGCCCAGUUGCAAAGAUUGAGACAGCUACUCGACGAAACACCUACAGCAACUCUCCAAACCAGAAGCGUCACUGCCUCCCAACUAAACCAGGACAUACCAGGUAGGGUAAACCAGCCACCACCACCAGCAGACCUACGCUAAAUUUUAUGAAAUUAUAGAUAAAAAAUUUGAAAAAGAUGAUAUUUAUACUUGAAAAUAAUUUAUGAAAUGAAGACGAACCUUACAUGUGAGUAAAAUGUUUUCUCUGGACGAAAUCUCUGUAUAAAAAUAAAAAUAGUUAGGAGCUUUUAGGCUAAGCUAACAUUGGAAGACCUAAGAUAGCUUGUAGAUAUUGCUGAUGUAACUACGAAAAAAA